UAAGCUCGGGGGGGGGGGGGGGUUGCGUGCUUUCCACCUAGCUGCUGCUUUAGCUGCUGCUUUCGCCAAGCGGAUGUUUGUCGCUUCCGUGCGCCGGAAGUUUGAGUUCACGUGAUAUCGGAAUAAUCGGAAAAACGGUUCUUCUUCUUUUUCUUGUGGCGUUUGUUGGCUGAGUCACUUAAACACGAAUGAAUAUGUUGUUUCCAUAAUGGUUGCACCCAGAAUUAAUAUAUGUUUUUAUCAUAAUAAGCAUUAUUAUCGGUGCCUAUUAUUAUUGUUUCUUGUUAUCGGUAAUUGGAAUGUUGUUAUUACAUUCUUAUUUACUUAGUUUCUCCAGUAUUAUUAUUGUUGUUGUAUUGUUUUGUCAAUAUUUUGUCUCUUAUCUUGCAAAGUUGCAUAAAAUAUAUAUUUGUACUGACAUGUCACACAUUAUACAACGACCUGUCAAUGUGUUGUUUAAAACACAUAGAAUACUACACAGUUUGUCGAUGUUUCUUUUUGUUGUUCUGUUUUUUGUCCACACACCGACUCCAUAACUCGGGGAAAUGGGAUCCUCCGAGGAGCACCUGAACGCGCACGGGUAUGACAACAACAUGGCGCCACUGUUUAUACCGGUUUAUACACAUGUUAGCAGUGGGUGAGUGUGCACCGUGAGAUAAAGGUCAAAGAUGGAUGAGAGGGUCGCGGCCGCGGAGGGGAUUGACUGGGGAGAAAGUGGAGCUGAAGAGGACAUGUCUGAUCGGGACAAACCUUUAUUAAAGAGCGUCCACACUGAUCUUCCUCUGCCCCUCUCCUGUCCUGUGAAAUACACACUGAUCAAAGGGGACUAUCUCUACUUCCAUUAUGGCUGCGAUGGACAAGAUGACAGAGGCUGGGGAUGUGGCUACCGCACCGUCCAGACGAUGGCCUCCUGGAUCCGCCACAACUUGUCUCCACCGAAGCACCAGAGCAGACCCCCACCCAGCCUCCCAGAGAUCCAGCGGGCCUUGGUGGCCAUGGGGGACAAGCCGGGCUCCUUCUCGGGCUCCAGGGACUGGAUCGGAACCUUCGAGGCCUCCCUGGUUCUGGACUAUUUCUAUGACGUCCCCUGUAAGUUGGUGCACAUCAGGGGUGGAGAGGCACAGCUGGAGCAUGUCGCAGCGGAGGAGCUCCAUCAGCACUUUGAGAAGCAUGGUUCUCCGGUCAUGAUGGGCGGGGACAGGGACAAUUCCUCUAAAUGUGUAGUGGGGGUGUGCACCGGGGACACGGGGAGUCACUUGCUGGUCGUUGACCCUCACUACUAUGGACGUCAGCUGGAGAAGACAGAGCUGCAGAGACGAGGGUGGGUGGUGUGGAGAAGAGUGUCCUCUUUGGACCAGAGUUCUUUCUAUAAUCUGUGCUUGCCUCAGACUGCCAAAAAACUAACGUAAACUGGAUGGCAGACCUAUGACACAAACAAAGUAGUUGUUAUUUGUGUGGAUGAACGAUCGGAAAUCCGGGUAUUUAUCAUCUAUGUGCCAUAGAAAGUUAAUGUGUUGUCAGUAUGUAUGUUGACAAGGAGCUGCAGCGCCACCCUGUGGAUAUAGUUAGAGUAUGUUAUGGUGUGGUGAUCAAUUUAUUUUUCAAAAUAUAAUAUCACGUUGAAUCCAAGAUCUUCUUCGAUACAUAUACAGUGUCUCACUCACUGUUUUUUUCUAUUGUGUCAAAACUAAAUGCAUUUCUGGGUUGAUUUUAAUUACUUCCAAUUCUUUCCAUUUUGUUAGUUUGAAGUUGAGUAGCCAGAUGAUUAAAAAUGGACUAGAUGCCAUCAGUAUUUACUUUAGUCAUUGUAAACUUAGGAAAAUAAUCUUUUGUGACUGUAUUUAUUAUUAUAGACUGAUUUAAAAUAUCGGACAAGAUGGUGAAUGUCCCUUGUACGCUGUGGGACAUUCACCAUCUUCUAUCCUAUAUUCUUAACACUAGGUUUUAUUGGACAUUUAAUUUUACUUUUGACCAUCAGUUAAUCGCAAAAAGUACUAAAGAUUCAAUUGUUCAAGCUUCACAAAUAUGAGGAUUUUUGGCUUUUUCAUAAAUAAAUAAAAAUCCACAUUUUGUA